GGACGUCAUCAGCGCUUCCUUGCAGACAAGUGUACCAAAAUACAGGGUUUCAUUUUACAGCUAGAUUCGUUGUCUGAAAUUUGGAUCUUGGGAGUCAAGUGCGUUGAUCCCGUUGUCUGCUUGCUAAUAAUUUUAACUGCUUUCCCGUUCUGUGUCAAUGAAAUUAAAACGGACUGCUUCUUUCAAAAAUGAGUCAUCCGCACCCUGGACCACUUGCGAGCUACAACAGUCUUACAGACAAACAUCUGAUGGGAUAUUUCAACAACACAAGGAUACGAAGGCAUCUUCAGAAAGCAGGACUGAUCACAAGAAGUGGUAGGAUAAUUUCUGACAAAGAAUACCGUAUUAAUAUUAUGAAGAAGGAGCAUCAAAGAUUUGUACGAGAAUGUCUUGCACAAGCAAUUUUUCACAAGGUUCUGGAUAUGGAGCGCCAUCAUGAAAUAGAAAUCAAAAAGAAAUUGGAAAGUUUUGCUAAAAAGGAACGUGUUCAGAGGAUCAGGGUGGAACGUUCAAGAAGGUGCAAUGAAGAUGUUAUUCCUUUGUUGCCUCCACGACCACCAACUGGCCCAAGGAGUGCUCAUGCCAGUAGCUCUGCACCUGAAACUGAACAUUCUGAUUCUUCAGGGCCACCUUCAUCUACAAGACCAAACACCGCACCAGGAAAAAUGCAACGUCCUCAUCGUCUGCAGCCUCUAGUCAGCAAUAUAUCUUCAGUGAGGACGUUUCCAAGUUCCAGACCCAGAGAUCCUAUACACGAGCCUGAUCUGAAGUCAAACAGAGAAAUUAUAAUGCAAGUAGCGACGGCAGAAUUCCCAACCGGAGUUUCUCCUUAUCGUCUUCCAGUAAUAAACAAUUAUGUGACUCCUGUGCCUCCACCACCAAGAACAAAUGACAAACCUCUUAAAGAAACAUCUUCUGCAACAACACGAGGACGAAGAUUUCGCCCCACUACUGCUCCAAAUGGAUUUCUGUUUACACCUGCUAAGGAGUCCACUAAGUUCCAUAGAAUGUCAGCACACAGUAAUGUGACCAUAACAAUGGUUUACUAUGGGAAAAGUUUGCACUUGUCUCAUGAUGAAAUGGACUACAAAGAUGAAGUAAAAGUUUACCAGCAGCACUGUGGUGGAGAAAACCUGUGUGUAUAUAGUGGAAGACUACUAGAAGGAGACAAGUUCCAGUUUACCUCCCGUCGACAUUAUGGCUUCCCCUUCAGUCUUACAUUCUUCCAAAAUGGAAUACAGGUUGACAGAUUAAGUUCUUGUUGUGAAUAUAAACAUCGGAAAGGAUCCAGGCUAGGAGGAAAACAUGGACACUUUGGUUUUGUCAGUGUGGAUGGAGCUUCCCCUUGUUACAGGUGCAUUAUUGCCAUGGGACUGGAUAAGAAACCAGCACCUCCUCCCAAACGGAUGAAGGAGGAAGAGGUUGACAAUGAGGGAGAAACAAACAGGAUAGAAAAUGAUGAAGCUUCCAAUGAGGAACCUGAGAUAGAAACUGAAGAAGAGAUAAGCAAACAUGAGUCUGUGUUGUUAGCUUCGUCUCAGAAGGAUACCAAGGAGGAUGAAAUGGACAUUGAGGAAGGAGAAAAAACUCAAGCAGAAAAUGAGGAGGUAGCAGAAGAUAAAGAUUAUGAUGAAGAUUUUGAAGCAGAUGAAGAGACUUCAGAUCGCCAAGUCUCAGAAGAGCAAAAGAUUCGGAACCAUGCUGCUCAAAGCCCACCUUUUAGCGAUGAAAAUUAUUAUGCUAGCAAUGAAUCAGAAUUUGAGAAGCCAAGCCACAAAGAAAGAGGUCAGACAGACAAUGAAAAAGAUGAAAGAGCAAGUGGUGAUAGUGGAAGUGAAUUUAAUGAGGAAGAGAGUGAUAAAGCAGAUGCAAAGAAAAGUAGUUCAUUAACCUCCUCAAGGAGUACAUUGUACUCUCGGAGCAGUAGCAGUGAAGAGUCUGAGAAUGGCAAAAAAGUAGACAGCUUCAAAGAGGAAGAAGAGGUUGAAGAAGCAAGAAUGUCAAGUGCAGAACCACACAGUGGAAUGGAAAACCCUGUAGACGUUACAGUUUGUGAGGAACUGCCAAGCAAUGACACUGAAACUGAAGAGCAGGGACUGACCGGUGAAUCAGUGGCUAAAAAACAAGAUCAUCAGGAAGUAUAUAGUGCAGAGGAGAACAUGAAUGCACACAGUGACAAUGAGUCUGAGGCUGUUGUGGAAGAAUUAGAGGAAAUAACAGGCGAGUACCAGCCUGAACAACAGACAGUAAAGGAAAAUCAACCUAUUGACAGCACCGGAGGUGUAGAGGCAAAACAGAAAAGUCCUGAGCAACACAGAGAAAUAAGCCUUCACCAAACAUUGCAGGAAGACAUUGAGGAGACUGAGUCUUGUAAACUAAGUGUGAAAGGUGAAAAAGUAGAAUCACCUGAAGUUACUGAAAUUAAUGGUGAAUGUGAUUCAGUGUUGAAAAAAAUUGCAAAUGCAAUUAGAAGUGAAGAGCAGUGUAGCUCUGAACCAGAGCCAAGUGACACAAGUACAGAAGAGGAAGAUGACAAAGAAAGUUUGGAAGAAUGCAAAACAACUGAAGCGAUAGAUGCAAAUGGACAGUAUGAAAUUGAAGAAGAUAUAAUUCCAGACAUGUCAACAGCCCAGGUGAAAGCUCCUGAGUGUGAAACUGCAGAAGAGAUGGAAGUUCAACCCCUUGCUGAAGCAAGUGCAUCACAGGCAGAAAUAAUGUUAGAAUCAAUUGUAUCUCAAAAUGAAGGAACAGAAAUGGGCAGAGAAACAAAAGAAGCAGAGUUGGAAACAGAAGCAAAUAAAGAAAUCUAUGAAAAAGAUGAUGAAACAUUGCUUACAUAUGUUGAAGGGAAUCCUGAGACAGGGGAGGAAUGCAAUACUUUUGAUGAAAAAGCAACAAAAGAUGAAAUGGAAUUCAUUACUUACAAUACUGAAAAUGAAAAAGAAAGUGAGGCAGAGAAGACAGAGGCACAGGAGAUGCAGGUUGUAGAAAAAGCUGAAGCAAUAACGGCUGACAGUGAGGGUAAGUUAGAUAUAGCACUGGCACAAGUUGGGAGUGAUGUACAGCAGGCAGAAACUAUUGGGGAAACUGUGGGAGAGGAGGUAACUUCUUUGGAAAAGAGUGAGGAACAGGCAAGCAGGGAUUUAGAGUUCAAAGCAGCACUGCUAGAAGGAGAAAUGGAAAUGGAUGGUGAAGCAAACAUAACACUGUCUGAAGGGGAAUCACUACCUGAGGAUAAGACAUCACUAGAAGAGGGCAGUCAGAUAAAGGAAAUGAAUGUCGAAGAGGUUGCUGAAGAAGUGGAGGUGGACACUGAAGCUACUAAUGAAAUCAUAGAAACAACAGCUGAAAAGCAAGAUAUUCAUCUCACUGCAACAGGUAGAUCAACACUAGAAAAUGAUGAAGCUCAGAAUGAAUGCAGUGGUGGGGAACAAGAACAAGAUUUAACUAAUACUAGCAUACCUGAAGCUCUGCUGGCAGAUAAAGCACAAGCCGAAGAAAACACUGAGGGAGAGGUAUCACUAGGAACAGGGAAAAAUCAAAUAGAGGAAAAUGACGCAGGGAAUACACUUUUGGAAAUUUCUGAAGAAGCACAGCUGAAGUUAGGUAAUGAUGAAGCAAGUGUAGAAGAGGAAUCAAAGGCAGAAGUGAAUAAGGAGAAACUGCAAAAUGAAGUAGAAGAACUGCAAACAGAAAGGGAUACAGUGUCAGAGUAUUCAAAAACUGAGAAUGAACCAGAAGUUCAGGAAAUACCAGAUGAUGGGAAGGUGGAGAUCAUGGUUGAAGAGGGAGCAGAGAGUGAAGAAGUCAAAACUGAAAUGGAAGCAAAUGCACAGGAAAAUGUGAGCACUGAAGGAAACAUGCAACAUCUGGAUAUGGAGGAAAAUAAAAAAACAGAGGCAGAAGAUAUAAAGCUUCAAAUCAGGGAAGAGGAAGAAGAACAAGUUAAAGAAGUUGCUGAGGCAGAAAAUAAUAUAACUGAAGGGGAAGCCAAGCCAGAAGCCUUACUAACUGAAAUUGAUGUAGCACAUUUACAAUCUAUGGAUACAAUGGAGACAUGUGGUGCACAUGCUGAAGAUGGCACUGGUGCAGAAAAAGCAGUGACUGAAAUGAAAGUUGAAGUACAAGAAGUGUCUGCAGAAGUGAACAAAAUGGAAGAAAUAUCAGAAUCAAAAGAAACAGUUUCUGAGGAAAUUCCGGUAUUUGGAGAAGGUGAGACAGUAGAUGUACCAGUAGAAGAAACCAAGGCAAUGGAGGUAAAUGAGGGAGUAGAAGCUGAGAUAUAUAAAGAAGUUGUUGGAGGGGAGUGUGUGGCUGAAACAGUGCAGACUGAUCAGGAAACAGAGGCACAAGUGAUGCCAUUUGAGGCAGAAGUUGAUAAAGAAAAUGAACAAAGUGUGGCAGAGCUAGUGACCGAGGCAGUAACAGAUGAAUCUGAGCUUGAGAAAGAAAAAGUAGACUCUGAAGAAAUAAAUGAAGUUGGUAUAGAAAUUGAAAGAGAGCAGAUUCCAGUCAAAACAGAAGUUGCAAUGCUAGAUGCUGUGACUGAAGAUACUAGUGUAGAAACUGAAUCAGCUAAAGGGGAAGCAGAUGGGUUAGUGGCUGAAGGAGAAUCAGAGCCAGAGAAAGGAUCAUCUACAAAGGAGGAUGUAUGUGAGUCUGAGCCAGCGAGCACACUUGCUGAAGAUAAAGCAGUGCCACAGGAAAUAAUUGAAAUAGGGGGAAUGGCCAAAGAGAUAGAGGCUGAAAGGGAUGUUGAGGUAUUAGAAACUCAGAUUGAAAACCAUACAGAAGCAUCAGAAGAAAUUGUUGAAACAGAGGGAGUAGUCAAAGAGAUGGAAGCAGACAGUGAGGUUGAGGCAUUAGAUACUCAGAAUGAAAACCAUACAGAAGCAUCAGAAGAAAUUAUUGAAACAGGGGGAGUAGUCAAAGGGAUGGAGGCUGAAGGGGAUGAAGGGGAUGUUGAGGCAUUAGAUACUCAGAAUGAAAACCAUACAGAAGCAUCAGAAUUAAUUGUUGAAAUAGGGGGAAUGGCCAAAGAGAUGGAAGCAGAUCAGGAGAUUGAGGCAUUAGAUGCUCAGAAUGAAAACCAUACAGAAGCAUCAGAAGAAAUUGUUGAAGCAGGGACAGGGGGAGGAAUCAAAGACAUGGAAGCUGAAGGGGAUGAAGGGGAGGUUGAGGAAUUAGAUACUCAGAAUGAAAACCAUACAGAAGCAUCAGAAGAAAUUGUUGAAAUAGGGGCAAUGGUCAAAGAGAUGGAAGCAGAUGGGGAGGUUGAGGUAUUAGAUGCUCAGAAUGAAAAACAUACAGAAGCAUCAGAAGAAAUUGUUGAAACAGGAGGAGUAGUCAAAGAAAUGGAGGCUGAAGGGGCAGUUGAGACAUUAGAAACUCAGAAUGAAAACCAUACAGAAGCACCAGAAGUACCAGCGGAAGGUGGAACUCUGGUGGAGGAGGACCAGGUAGCCAUAGAACCUGAGACAGAUAAAAUGGUUGAAAGUGCUGGAACAGAAACAGUAGAAGGACUUACAAUACAGGAACUGGAAGUUCAAGGUGAAAGUAAAGAGGAGGCAGAGACAGUGGGGGAAAAGGCUGAAGAGGAAACUCAGGAAAAUGAUGAAGGUGGGAUACCAGAUAAGAAUCAAACAGAGGUACAGGAGACACAAGAGAAAACAGGAGCAGAAUUGGCUGCACAAAAACAAUUUAUGUCAGAAGAGACCCAAAAUGAUGAGGAUAUUGUGACAGAAGAGAUGCCAGCUUCAGCUGAAGCUGUGCCAGAAAAUGAAUCGUUGAAAGAAAAUGAGCUAUCUAAAGGAAAUGAUAUACAAGCUAAUGAGUCUGUGACUGUACAUUUGCAUACUGAAGGGCUGGAGGAAGAUAAAGGAGAAGGAGCACUAAGUGAGGGAAAAGAAACUUUAGGUGAAAAAAAUACUGAGGUAUUUGUGGUAUCAAAUGGUGUGAAAAUAGAAAAAGUGUAUGGGCAAGCAGAAGUGGAAUGCCAAGAAGAGGAAGUGCUAGCUAUAGAAACAGCAUGUGUGGAAGAAAAUGAAGCAGCAGAACAGGCAACUGUACAGGCAGAUGUGGAAACUGGGUUUGAGCAAGCACAGACCAAUGCAGAAACUAAGGCAGAUGCAACCAUAGCCACAGAUGAAACUGAGGUUGAAGCAAUUCCAGUAAAAGGAGAAACAGAAGCAGAGGAGGCAGAAAGUGAACCAGUAGGUAAAGUUGAGGAAAUGGAGGUUGCAGUGAAAGCUGAGACUGAGGAAGCUUUAGUAAUACUGGAAGCUAAGUCUUAUAGUGCACCAGGUGGAGACCAAGCAUUGAUAUGUCCUGUUGAUGAGGAAUCCAUGAGAGAUGAGCAGCAAACUGAUGGGGAAUCCAAGACAGAAAAUGAACAAGUAGAAGGGACAGUAGAGGCACAGGAGGAUGAAGCCAAUGUAGCACUUGUUGAUGGAGUAGGAGAAGGGCAUACUGAAUGUACAGAUAAUGCAAAGGAAGAACAGAGUGAAAUAAAAUCUGAAACCAAUCAGGCUCCUAAUGAAGAGGAAACUGAAGUAGGGGAUUUAACUCCUGAAGAAAAAACUGAGAUAAGUAUUCUGGGACCUGAAGAGGAAGGUGGGAUAGAGGAAGCAACUGUAGCAGAGCUAGGUGAAUCUGAAAGACAGCCAGAUGAAGGGGAAUCUGAGGCUAAAAAUGCACAGAUUACAGAAAAUACUGAAGGAGUAGAGACAGUCUCUGAUGGAGAAAUGAUUACGCAAGAAAUACAAACUGAAGUGGCAGAUGAGAUUAAUGAAACAGCAUCUGUUGAGCAAAAUGAACAGAAAUCAAACAUUGAAGAGGCUACUGAAGUUGAAAGUAUACCCACUGAAGGCGCAACUGAAGUAGGAGGAGAAAGCGAAGGAACAAUUCUAGAUGGGAGUUGGUCUGAAGGAUUAAACAAAAUGGCAGAAAUGGAGGAUGCUGCCUCUGCAAAUCUGACUGAUGCUCAUGUAGUAUCUGAAACUUUAGUUGAAUCAAAAUCAUCUGAACGUAAUGAACUCCCUGAACCUUCAGCAUCCUCUGAGAUGGCAACAGUGCGACUGACAAAGAGGGCAAGAUUUAAAAAAUGGUUAAUGCAGUAUAUCAAUAGGCGAACAUAAUAACCAGGAUGGAAUGUGGAUUUCAGAUACAAUUCAAGUCUGUUGAGUUUGACUUGAUUUACAAAUAUCUAUUUAGCUGAAUUCUUAAACAGAAGAAGAAAAUGUAUUUCCUGCAGCACCAUACAAAGCAAGUUAACAUAUUUGCUGUCCUAGAAGAUUUACUGUGGAUUCUCAGUGAGAAGAAAGAGUACAUGCUGCUUUAUGUGUGGUGAAUUUUGAAUUCUUACGUUGUACUGUAAGGUGGAUUGCUGCUGAAUUCAAAGUUAAAUGAAAAAGAGUAAUAGUGCAUUAAAUGAAGACGAACAGUUCAUGGAAACAUGACAAAUUAUACCUCACUGUAAAUGAUUGCAGUCAUACUUGAUUUUAAUAUUUAGUAAGCUCUUUCACCUAUAAAAUACAUACAUGUAAUGUCUGCUAUAAACAGAUUCUGGCAGAAAUCAAAAUAUGAAACAAAAACUUAGUACAAUCUUCAUGAUUAUUAUUGUCAUCUUAUAUGCUUCCCUGUCAUAUUUGCUUUUAAACAAUAGACUGGAAGCAGUGAGACAGCAGGGAAUGGUAAUUUUCUAAGCCAGUUUAUAUAUAUAUAAUUUGGUAAUGACAAAUCAGAAAGAUGAUCUGAGAUUGCAUUCUACUCUAGUUUAUCUGUGUUUAAAUGACUAUUUGUGUUAAAACCCUGAUCACUAUUGAACUUUGAUCCUAUGAAUCAUAACUUAUCAACUACUCUUCUUUGAGAAGUAUUUUGUUUUCUAAAACAUUUGUUCUAUUUCUUGUGCUUUCCGUAGGGGAGUGUCAACAGGCAUUUGUUACUUAUGUUAUUAUUCUUUUAUAUAUGUAUUCUAUUAAAAUCCUAUAAUAUUUUGAAUCAUUAUGUCAGCAUUCAUUAUGGACAUCAGUUGAAAAUGAUGUAAUGAUUUUAUUUACAUAGUAGAGGUGCACGUAUCUUGAUGACAGCUUUAACAAUGAACCAAAAACGGCUUGGAAUCAUAAAAUAUGAUAACGUAAUAUGGUAGAAAAUGAUCACAUUGGGUCAGUGGACUUGCAUGGUUACCAAAUAAAUGAAAAAUUAUGUAUUUAAUCUGUAUAAAAUUCUUAGUCAAGUAUGAUAUGCUUACUAAGGCAGUCAUACAUUAUUAUCACAAUACACUUUCUGAAUAAGGAUUUAUAUAAUCUGUAUUACAGAGACAUGAAGCAAAUGCAUUCAUGUAACAGUACUACAAUCUGACUAUCACCUUCUGCCUCCUAAUAUACGUGUAGUGUGAGAAAACCGUGUCAUGUAUUAUUGUUUGGUCAUAGUAAAACUUAGUAGCUUUUCUAUAUAUCAGGUUAAAGUAAAAUAUAUAUAUAUAUUCGUUUUGGACUGGCAUGCACUUGGAAAGCAAUGACUUACACCAGGAGUAGAUGAAUAGUCUAACUUUGCAUUUAUACCUUAGCAGUAGCAUGUCAAUGUGUACUACUAGUUAAGGUCCACUAUUUAGGAGGUAGAUGAGACUUAGGUUAGUAAAAGGUUAUUGAUGCUUAUCUGAAAUAAAGUAUCCAAACUAAAUUCUAAGCAUUCUAAUUUUGAUAAAUAAAAUAUUUAUUACACAUCAGGUGUUCAUUGAUUGAUCAGUUAAGAAAAGGUAACACUGUACCAUCAUUCUGUCAUAUCAAUGCAGGUAUUUUUCAUGGACCUUUACAAUUUAAUUUAUUCUAUUUACUGUAAAUACUACAAUAUGUAAAUGGCUUCCCUUUUUUAUUUACCGAAUAAAAAAAUUACUCUAUAUAAUGUAGACACUCAUGCUAUUAAUUUAAAAUUAAUAUUAUGCACUCAUCCAGUAUAUUUAAGAGUGGCAUUAUUUCAGUCUUUUGGAUACUAAAAAGGAGCAUAUUUUUUAUAAUUGUAAAUGAGAAAACUCAAUAAUAUUAUCGAAUGACUGUACAUGUAAAUGAUUACAGUUUGAUGUUUGUUUUGAAAUGUGUGGCAUCAUUUCUGCAGUAUAAAUGCACUUUAUUUUAAAGUAUUCUUGCAUAAAAUGCAGAUGCAUAUAUUUUAAAAUCCAGACAGAUGCAGAAUAAUAAUUUAUGUGAUAUGUAUGUCUUUGCCAUUUCAUAGAUUAUGGAUUGUGGGUCCGCUUUCAUUUACAUAAGAUAAUUCAUGUUUUCCAUGUCUGCUGUAACAUAAUAGAAAUAUAUUGGAGUUUAUUAUCAUAAAGUAAGAAACUGACAAUAAAAAAAAAACUAUUGGAUGAA